CCCUUUCUCUCUCUCCUUCCUCUGAAAAAUUAUUUUGGCCUAAUUUUCUCUCUCCUCUGAAAAAACAGUUUUAAGGAUAAAUUCAGGUAAUUUUUCAGCAAAAAUGAUGUCAGAAAACCAAACGUUGGAUGAAAAAGAUGAAUUAUUGGAGAUUUAUGAAAAAAUGGACAAAAACCUAACCCUAGAACCAUCAUCACCGCCUCAAUCCGACGAUGAAGAAGAGGAAGAUGAUGAAAAUGAGGAAUUCGAGUUCUCUUUUUUCGGAGGAGACCUAAAAUCGCCAGUAUCAGCUGAAGAAGUGUUUGAAGACGGUCAGAUCCGGAUAAUUUCUCCGUUUCCUGGUGAAGAUUCCGGCGAAGGAGAAUCGUCGUCAUCGUCGUAUGCUCCGUCAGUGAAGAAUCUGUUCGUGGUAUCGAAUUCGUCGGAAAAUGAUGAUGUGGCGGAAGGACAGUACUGCUUGUGGAAAUCGCCGACGCCGGAGAUGAGCCAAAAGAGCAACUCGACUGGAUUCUCGAAGCUGUGGAAGAUGAGAGAUUUGCUAGCUAGGAGUAACAGUGACGGAAAAGACGCGUUCGUGUUUUUAAACGGAAAAGGCGACGAUGCAACGACGGCAGCGAAGGCAAAGAGGAAGGAGGAGAAGAAGAAUAAGAUGAAACUGGAGAAGUUAGAUGUGGUGGAGAGAAAAGUGGUUGAUACGGCGGCGCACGGUGGAGAGAGAAAAGAGGGGAGGAAUAAAAAGAAGAAGUCGGCGUACGAGGUGUUGUAUGGUGGAGGUAAAGACAAAAAGAAAGGCGGUGGGAAAUCGUAUUUGCCAUAUCGUCAAGAUUUGGUGGGUUUUUUUACGAAUGGUAGUGCUUUGAGUAGGAAUGUUCAUCCUUAUUAAUUAAUGCUAAUAAUUAUAGUAUUAAUUAAUUAUUAUUAAUUUGUUUAUUAUCUUGUAAAAAGAAAAAUGUGAGUUGUGAGUUAGUAAUAAUGAUGACUAAUGGCUUGCAUUUUUGUUGA